GUCCGACCGACAGAUUGCGAAAGCCUUUACAAACAACAACCAUCGACCUUGUUUAAAGUGUGAUAUAAUAAUUUAUCGUGAUAAAAACAUUGGGAAUUAGAGUUAGCAUCAAUAGGAUAAAUUAAACAUUUAAGUGGAGCAGAAUAUUCUCGAGGGUCAAAGUGAGGAAUCCUCCCUACCGGAAGUUCUGUGUGCCGUGAUUUAUCAUUGAGGGGGUUAACACACACGCAACAACGGACAACCCCACAGGACCGGGGGGUGCUUCUCGUGUCUCGGGAGGAAGGUCAGGGCUUAACUAAAUAACCUUGACUUUGUUUAAAAAAAAAAAAGAAAAUAACAAAAAUAUCAGACAGUUAAUAGUUCUAGUCGUACUUGUGUGUGCGAAAAAUAAAAACAAAGAAACUAAUUUGUGAGUCACAUACGAUUUACUCACCAACAAGACUAAAAAGUUCGAUGCCUUCCAGGGACGAUAAUCGCUCCCUAUCCACUGAGCAACGCUGGAUCCCUCCUUCAACUAUUAGACGCGAUGCUUUCAUCCCAGAAGACAGAAAUGAUUUCAUCUUCCGUAAGGUGCGGGGUAUUCUUAACAAGCUCACACCGGAAAAGUUCACAAAGCUGAGCAACGAUCUGCUCAAAAUCGAGCUUGAUUCUUAUGUAAUUCUGAAAGGUGUCAUUUUAUUGAUAUUUGAUAAAGCACUCGAUGAGCCCAAGUACAGUUCUAUGUAUGCACAGUUGUGCAAGCGGUUGUCAGAAGAAGCACCAAACUUUGAAACACAAAAAUCAACAGUUGAUAAUCCAAAAGCUCGUAACACAUUCACAGUAAUUUUGCUAAACAAGUGCAAGGCGGAAUUUGAAAAUCGUUCAAAAGCUAAUGAGGCAUUCGAUAACCAAGAUGAUCUGGGUCCAGAAGAAGAAGAGCGUCGUCAGAUUGCAAAACGCAAAAUGCUUGGAAAUAUUAAAUUCAUCGGAGAACUUGGCAAGCUUGAAAUUGUAUCAGAUGGUAUCUUACAUCGGUGUAUUAUGCAAUUAUUAUCAGAGAUUAGCAAGAGGGGAUCCCGGGGGGACGCGACUGAAGACAUUGAGUGCCUAUGUCAAAUUAUGCGAACAUGCGGCCGUAUCCUUGACUCGGAUAAAGGCCGACGCCUCAUGGAACAAUACUUUGAUCGUAUGAGCUCUCUGGCAGAGAGUAGUGUUCUUCCCCGACGUAUCCGUUUCAUGUUAUGCGACGUAAUUGAGUUACGACGCGAUGGAUGGGUACCACGUAAAGCUACAAGUACUGAAGGCCCAAUGCCGAUGAAUCAGAUCCGUAAUGAUCAUGACGACUCUUCGAGAACGAAUACAGGAUUUCAUAGGCGCGAAGAUCGUAUCGGCAGUGAUUUCUUAAGAAAAAUAGGCCGUCCUGGCAUUGACAUGGAUAUUGUGGGUAGUAUCCCACUAACUUCUCCAUCAUUUGGUAUGUCAUCGCCAUUCAGUCCAAAUGGAUUCCCAACUCCACCAGCUAACUACGGCCGUCACAACCAGCGUAAUCAAACGCCUACAUAUUUUCCUAAUCAAAACCGCCAUCAAAAUAAUUUUCCAGGUAAACAUAACCAACAACAACACAAUCUACCACAAAAUUAUAAUAAUAACGGAAACAAAGAGCAAUUACGUUUUAAUAAAAGUAAAAUGCUCAUUGGACACCCUGAAGAGGUAUCUUUAAGACCGUCAACUACAUCAAUGAUGUUUAAGCAAGCUACCAUCAAGCCUACAUUGCCACUUAAUUCAGAUCUUUUCUCUGGACGUACACCAGAAUCGCCAUUACUUCGUACAGCUACUAUUAAAACUCCUCCACUAUUGCCCAAGGAACCACCUCCAGCAAUAGUAAUUAAACAAGGACCUCUUGAUAAGAGAGAUAAAGCACGUGAUCGCAAAGACAAAGGACUGACUCGAGAAGAAAUUAUUAAAAAAGUUAAUGCCAUGAUGGAUGAUAUGUCUGUAGAAACUAAUAUUAAAGACGCAGUGACAACUUUCAAGGACCUAAAGGUGCCAGAACGUUUUCUACGUCAUGCUAUUUACACUAUUUAUUCGAACACGCUGGAACGUGGUGAUUCAGAACGUGAAUUUGCCGUUAAAUUUGUCGCUGAGCUGAAAAAAGAUAAUGUUAUAAACUCUCAACAAAUGAAUGAAGGAUGGAAGGAACUUGUUGCAAGUAUUCCUGAUAAAGAAAGCACUGUACCUUGUGUAGCAUCACACGUGGCGUCAAUUACAGCUAAAGCAAUCGUUAAUAAUCUGAUGCAACUCCAAGAUCUUGCAUCUGUUACUGAAAAUGGUCAGCAUCAUCCAUUGUUCCUUCUCACUCUGCAACAACUUCAUAAAUCUCAAGGUAAAGCUGUGCUUACUCAAAUAUUCAAUGAAAGCAAAGUCAAUCUUAUGAGCCAGCUACCCGAAGCAGAGAAAACUAAAGAAAGACUUGGCGAAAUUCUUGAAGACCGAGAAUUGACUUUCUUGUAUCCAUUAUUAAGAAUUCAAGGCGAUAUGAGUCGUCAAUUAGAAAGUGACCCAAGUCCUAAUGCUUUUUACAAAUGGAUUAAGGAUAAAUUGGAUCUUGCACAUCAUUCUGACCCUGGAUUUAUCAAUGCUCUUAUGACAGUUCUUUUACAAUACAUCACUCGGGAAACUACAUUAGCACCUGGUGUUGAUACAACUGUUGUGCCAGAUAAAAGCCUUCAAGAGAAAGAACGAGCAUUAUUAGAAAAGUAUACACGAGUUCUUGAUUCUUUCUUAGUUACCAUCGACGCACAGGUGACAGCAGUUCACUCUUUACAAGUGUUCUGUCUUUCACAUGAUUUCCCAAAAGGUAUGCUACUAAGAUGGUUUGUGGCUCUUUAUGAAUUGUCUAUUAUCGAUGAAGAGGCUUUUAUAAAGUGGAGAGAAGAUGUUACUGAUGCAUAUCCUGGCAAAGGAAAAGCACUGUUCCAAGUGAACAGCUGGUUAACUUGGCUUGAACAAGCUACUUCAGAGGAAGAAGAAGACGAAGGAGAUAAUUGAAUUACACGGGGUAUACUUGAUCGAUACUCUUCUCGAAUUAUCAUUUGAGACAGGAUUUCUCACAUCCACGUUCACGCUGAGCCUAAGGUUUCAGUUUUAUCGAUUAUGUUGACAUCUUGAAAAAUCAUGAAGAUGCAUUUUGUGAGUCUGUUCGACGGGGGUUUUAUAUAAAUGUGAUGAGGAAAGUACGAACAAGAUUGAUAAUGCAAUCAUAACUGAUCAGUGAAGAACAAAAUAAAAUGGUUGAUUUUUUUAAUGAAUUAAUUAAAACAAAAAAAAACAGUAGCAAAGGCAGAACGCAAUGAUUCGUGUGUGUAAUGUGUCUGUGCGUGCAUGUAUGCGCGUAUGCAUGUGUGCGUGAACGUGAGAUUGGUUUGAAGAGAAGAAAAAAAAUUAAAAAACACUAGAAGAAAAUAAAUCAACGUGCAUGCCAAACAAUGUGACCGAAAAUCCCCCUUAAUUAGAAAAAAAAACAGAAAGUCUUAAAUGUUUUAAAUAUUAAAUAAUAAAAAAACAAAAUAUGAUUUGUAACUAAAAUUAGGGCCCAGUUGAUUCAGGAUCGUAGCCCGUAUGAUGAAUUAAUAGAUAAAUAAUAAUAAUAAUAAUAACAAUAAAUAAUAAUAAUACUAAGAAUUAUUAUUAUUAUGAAUUGGUAUAGACGGAAAUGAAAAAUUUGAAAAAAUUAGUUGAGAUGAAUUUAUGUUUUAAUAAUUUUUUUGUCUAGUAUUUGUGCUUGUCACGUUUUUUUGUAAGUCUUUUUGUCCGCGAUUCCUCAUCUUAAAAUGAAAGGAUAUUCGCUUGUUAUGUGUGUAUCAUCUUUUACAAUUAAUUAGAAAAUUAUUAUUAAUAAUUAUUAUAUCCCAAUUACUACGAUAAAAUAUAAAUAUUUCUAAUUCGAAAAAAAAAAAUCCGUUAAAAAAGUUGAUUUACCAAUAAUUAAUGAUAAUAAUUACGAUAAUCUGGUUAGAAAAAACGAUCAAAAUAAAUAUAUACGUAAAAUGAAAAAAAAUUAGUUAACGAAAUACCGAAUAUCGUGAAGUCUUAUUGUUACCGUUAAAAAAUCUUAAUCGAUAAACUAUCAUUUUUGUCCACGCAACACCAACACUUGCUGCGCUAUAAUUAUUAAUUGAUAAAUCACAAAACAAUCAUCAUUAUAGUUAAUAACACUAAUUAUAAUAAUAAUUAACGGGAGAAAUUACAUUUAUUAAAAAUAACGUAAUCAAGACGAAUAUACCAUUUUGAAAUAUGGCAUCGAUAAUGCAAUCGUUAAAAAUUAAGUACAUCGGUAUAAAUAAAUAAUAAAACUGGUAUAAUUUAUUAAAAUUGUAACUUCUGAUUGCUCUCAAGCCGAUUGAAUCAUAUCCCUUUUUCAUUCUUCCUCGAUUUUUCUCAUAAUAUUUAUCUUCCUAGUUAAUAAACGAAAAAACAUUAAAAAAAAAAAUUGACAAUUUUGAAAAUCUUAACAUCUUCAGACCGGCUAAUUUAUAAGAAUUAGUGCAAUAUUUAAUCUUGCAAUUUUUUAAUUUAUUAACCCCAAUUUUUGUGCUACAUUUCCAUUUUUUCUUUACUUUUAUCAUGACAAAGUGCUCGAAUGUUUUGUAUAAAUUUCAUGGAAUGAAUGUUCAUCGUUUUUUUCCCUCAUAUACUAUAGACGUUUAAAAAGCUAUUAAAGUAAGAAACACAAUGGCCAAGUGAUCCACAAAAUAAUUAGUUGUAAUUUUAUAAUAUUGGUUAUUGACUAAACUGAUAAAUAAUCUGAUUAAUUGAUCAAUUCAACCAAUGAUGUAUAUAAUUGUUACUAUGCAACUAACAUCCGAUAAUAAUCGCCGGACUGGAGUGUUAAAUCAUAGGAAAAAAUUAUUAUGGAAAAAAA